GCAGGCGCGAGUUUGAGUUGCGGAAGGAGUCGCAGGAGCAGCGCGGAGGGAGAUCCGCAGCCCCGCACCGCACCGCACCGCGCGACAGCCCCCGCCCGCCACAGGCUCGCAGCGCCAUGCAGAGCAUGAUCAACACCGUCAAGGGGACCGCGCUGGGGGUGGCCGAGUUCCUCACACCUGUACUGAAGGAGUCGAAGUUUAAAGAGACUGGAGUAAUUACUCCGGAAGAGUUUGUGGCAGCGGGAGACCAUCUAGUUCAUCACUGCCCCACCUGGCAAUGGGGAACAGGGGAAGAUUCCAAAGUCAAGCCUUACCUGCCCAAGGAGAAGCAGUUUUUGCUGACUAGAAAUGUCCCCUGCUAUAAGAGGUGCAAACAGAUGGAGUACUCUGACGAAUUUGAAGCAGUCAUUGAAGAGGACGAUGGAGAUGGGGGUUGGGUGGAUACAUUUCACAAUCCAGGUGUUGCUGAGUUAACAGACUCGGUAAAAGAAAUCACUUUAGAAAGCAAAGAUAACUCAAAGUGCACAGGGAAGAACCUAGCGGGUGAGGAUGAGAACCAUGAUGAUGAUGAUGAUGAUGAAGAAGCAGCUGAUAUGGAAGCAUAUGAAGAGAGUGGCAUGUUAGAAGAUGGAGAUGAUGCAACUCUGGACACCAGCAAGUUAGCAGAAGAUAACAAACCUAAAGCAGAUGCUGCUGGAGAAGAUGGGAUCCUUCAGACUAGGACCUAUGAUCUUUACAUUACUUACGACAAGUACUAUCAGACUCCAAGACUUUGGUUGUUCGGCUAUGAUGAGCAAAGACAACCUUUGACAGUUGAAGAGAUGUAUGAAGACAUUAGCCAGGACCAUGUCAAAACAGUGACAAUUGAAAAUCAUCCUCACUUGCCUCCACCAUCAAUGUGCUCAGUUCAUCCGUGCAGACAUGCAGAGGUAAUGAAGAAAAUCAUCGAAACAGUUGCAGAAGGCGGAGGUGAACUGGGUGUACAUAUGUACCUUCUUAUUUUUUUGAAGUUUGUUCAAGCAGUCAUUCCAACAAUUGAGUAUGAUUACACGAGACACUUCACCAUGUAACUCGAUGUUUACACAAUCAAAAUGUUCUCAGAAAGCAUUCUGGGUUGAUUAAAUGCUGCUGCCUUUUUUAAUGUUGUCACUCAAUCUACCAGACUGCUGUUUACCCAGGUUAGGAUUCUCUUUUGCAGAUAUUCUGUAAUGAGAUUGGAGAGAAUUAAAAUCUUUGUUUAUGUCCCCAAAGGAAGAGAAAUCACCCGCCACAAUGGUUUGUUUUAUUAUUCAUUUCAUAAACUUUAUAUUUUGGGCUUGUUUCCUGUUCGGCUUUUGAUUAAACAAAUUAAAUCCUUGUUAACUGCUUUUGGAAAAUGCUGUUCCCCAUCAUACUGUGUAUUGAAUGUUCUCUUCUGUUAAAUCUGUUUAUAUUUGCAAAAUAUAAAUAAACUGUAGAAAGCCCA